AUCGAUCUUCCAACCGCUUCCUUCCAGAGUUUCCUCGAAGUGUGUUUGUUGAGUUUAUCCGUUUCAAAUUACCUGGUUGCCAACGAGAUGUUGUGCCGAAGUAAAAGAAAAAAAACAUGAUGAGAAAGUACUAUCAUGUGUUUAGAUGAAUUUGGACAAAUAACCCCAUCUAACGUAUAUAAAACAUCAGAACUUAAUGUCGAGUAUAGCAAGCACUUUGGCUCUGCUAUAAUUCCCGAAUAAAAAAUCUUGGUCUGUUUAUAACUUACAGCAAAACUAAUUUAUGUAAAUUUGAUUUAAGGGUAACGAUCUAUUUUUGUUUUGUUAUUAUUAUUUUUGUUACGUCGACAGCGCGGUAUUUAAAGAUGCAAAGUUAGAAUAUCACUAAUCGGAACAUUGAAGAUCGGCCAUCGCUUGCUGUUAUGAACCACCCGAGGGUUUGCCUGCCAUUAUUCUUCAAAAACGAGGAUGGCCGGUCCUGAGAUUCGAACCCACGUCCUUCGUAAUGUGAGUUCAUUGUCUUUACAUUGCGCCACAUUGUACGUUGCCGAUAUUGGGCAAUAUUAUUUAUUUUUCCCUCAAGAGUAAAGGAUUCAAUUAAAACAUUUUUUUGGACAUACUCCACCGCUAGUCUGCACGUACAUCUAAGAAAACUCGAAGAACGGACAAAAAAUAUGGAAAAAAUAAAAUAAAACAAGCCAAAAUCAGCCGAUGUCAAAUGUUAAAUGUCAUCAGCCUGUUUAUGCCUGAUGACGGGAACAGAUCUGUUUCCGAAACGUCACUACUGUUUUCGUCUGCACUGCCGUUGUGUUUUCAGGAUACCUGUUUAAUGUCAUCACUAGGUUCACACGUAGGCCUACGUCACUGUAAUGUUAUUGUCUUGUCCAGACUAUCUAUUUUUAUCAUCUUUGGGUUCCUCUGUUGGUGCUGUGUUGUUCAAAGUUGUACUUUGUGUUAUUUUCCGUUUUUGUUGUGACUGUCAUCAUUUUCAGCACAACUGGGUUCGUCUGUGCUGUGAUAUUUUUGACUAUUGUUUCCCUACACAGAAUAUUCUGUACUGUCUUUACAUUUAACAUUUUAUAUCGGCUUAUUUUUGCUUGUUUUCUGUGUUUAGGUAUUCAACUUUCUUGCCCGUUCUUCGGGUUUCCUCUAUGACGUUAAGAGAAAAAUAGCAAUAGCGUAUGUCGUAAAUAAUUAUUUUAAAAAAACAUCCCCAUUUCAUGAGUCAUUUAUAGCAUGGUGGAUUCAUGUAACCAAUUUUAAUAUCCUGGCUAAUUAGAGAUUUUUUUCAAACAGUAAAUAUUUGUCAUAAUAGAUUCUCGACAGGGUGCGGUAGGGUCCAUUAUCGUACUCAAGACGGCAGAAUUAUUUCACCUUGAUACAGUGACUUAACAUAUUACCUUUUUCUAUACAUGAUAAAUGGUUUAGGCCCAACACACACACGAUAAUAGAUAUUGUAUAUCAUAUUUUGAAUGCAAAAUAUUUAAACUUACAAUUCCCUGGAGAUAAUGCUCAUGUGCAAAAACCACUUUUAAAUCUUUCAAAACCUAAUAACUUUCAUUUUUAAUAAAAUAUGUUAUUUUAAAAUCUGAUUGUUCACCGUGAGUAUCGCCUACCGUCAAAAACACUACACAAUAUUUUUUUUAUAAAGCGAUAUUAUAAUGAUAAAGCUUCAAAAGUCAAUGGGUCUCUUGCGAUAUCAGGAAACAAAGCGUCAAGUCAUGUCUUUUAUCAGUUCUCUGAAUAGUCGUCUAACGGCGCUCUAGAAAUACUCUCAUGCAUUGCGCCACCAUUGAGAGCACUGCUGCAGACACGGGAGGUGUCAGUUUUUAACGCUUCAUAUAUCGGUCAUCAUAUUACCAAUAUGAAAGCUACUGUAGGCCUAUUUAUCACCGUACUCAUAUCUGCAGCUUAUAUUCCUGAGAAAGAUUGUGCCAGAAUACUUGGGAUUUUCCAAUUAAAUUCGAAGAGUCACUUCAUAAUAUCUGAAGCUCUAAUGAAAGGUUUGGCUGCCAGAGGACAUCAAGUAGUGGUCAUGAGUCACUUUCCGCAGAAGAGUCCCGUUCCGAAAUACACGGACAUUGACAUUUCUGGGUCAGCGCCCCCCCUACAGGACAAUGUCACUAUUGAAAAUGCUCUCAGAAUGGAAGCGAAGUAUGUAUUAAACUUCAUUUGGGAAGACUCUAUAGCGCAGUGCCGCGACACCAUGAAACAUCCCAAAGCACAGGCGCUUUUGAAAUCCGAGGAGAGCUUCGACCUCGUCGUGACUGAGAUAUGCGGCAGCGAGUGCACCAUUGGGUUCGCGCACAGAUUCAAGGCGCCGUUAGUGCACCUCGUCACGAGUGUGGCCUUCCCCUGGACUCACGCGAGGAUAGGCAACCCGGACCACCCGGCCUAUGUCCCUAGUUACUUCCUGCCCUACACCAGCAGGAUGAACUUCUGGCAGAGACUCACCAACACCGUGUACAACGUGCUCAUAAAAGCAGGGAAUGACUUUUACGGCAACAGACCGACGUCUGCUGUGAUGCGUGAGUUCUUUGGUGAGGAUGUUCCUAGCGUGGAAGAGCUGGCCAGCAACGCCAGCCUGGUGUUGGUGAACAGCCACUUCUCCGUCACUGGGCCGAGACCUGCUGUGCCGGCGUUCAUUGAAGUGGGAGGAAUACAAAUACAAGAGCCCAAGAAACUGCCUCAGGAUCUUGAGAAGUUCUUGGACGAGUCUGAACACGGGGUCGUGUACUUCAACAUGGGCACCUUGGUGAGAGUGCAGUCGCUUCCCCCGGAGAAGCUGGGCGCUCUGCUCGAGGCAUUCGCGGCGCUGCCGGAGAGAGUGCUGAUGAAGUUCACAGGCGAGCACUUGCCCGGCAAGCCAGCGAACCUCCUGACCAGCAAGUGGGUUCCGCAGAUAGACGUGUUGAGUCAUCCGAAGACCAAACUAUUCAUCAGCCAUGGAGGUCUGGGAGGAACUCAGGAGACUGUAUACGCUGGCGUUCCUGUAGUUGGCAUUCCCCUCUUCGCAGAUCAAGAAGGCAACAUCAACCACCUACUUGAAUUGGGAAUGGCUACAAAGUUAAACUAUGAAGAUAUUACAAAGGAAAGCCUCGUAAAUGCUAUUCGACGAGUAAUUGAUAACAGCAGCUACACGGAGAGCGCGAGGAGAGCAUCGGCGGUGUUCCGGGACCGGCCCAUGUCGGCGCUGGACACGGCCGUGUACUGGGUGGAGUACGUGGCGAGGCACCGAGGCGCGCCCCACAUCAGGUCUGCCGCCGCCGACAUGCCGCUCCACCAGUACCUGCUGCUCGACGUGGCGGCGUUCCUGCUGCUGGUCGCCUGCGCCGCCUGCUGCGCCCUCAACACCGCGCUCAGGAAACUAGUCUCUGUCUGCUCCGCGACAACCACCCGCAAGCACAAGCGCCAGUGAACCAGUACCACCUGCUGCACGCCUGAUGAGACCGUGGCGAAGACACUCACUUCCAUCUGGCCCACGGCAACCACCCGCAAACACAAGCGCCAGUUAACCAACACCUCCUGCUGCACGCCUGAUGAGACCGUGGCGAAGACACUCACUUCCAUCUGGCCCACGGCAACCACCCGCAAGCACAAGCGCCAGUGAACCAGUACCUCCUGCUGCACGCCUGAUGAGACCGUGGUAAAGACACUCACUUCCAUCUGGCCCACGGCAACCACCCGCAAGCACAAGCGCCAGUGAACCAGUACCACCUGCUGCACGCCUGAUGAGACCGUGGCGAAGACACUCACUUCCAUCUGGCCCACGGCAACCACCCGCAAACACAAGCGCCAGUUAACCAACACCUCCUGCUGCACGCCUGAUGAGACCGUGGCGAAGACACUCACUUCCAUCUGGCCCACGGCAACCACCCGCAAGCACAAGCGCCAGUGAACCAGUACCUCCUGCUGCACGCCUGAUGAGACCGUGGCGAAGACACUCACUUCCAUCUGGCCCACGGCAACCACCCGCAAGCACAAGCGCCAGUGAACCAGUACCUCCUGCUGCACGCCUGAUGAGACCGUGGUAAAGACACUCACUUCCAUCUGGCCCACGGCAACCACCCGCAAGCACAAGCGCCAGUGAACCAGUACCUCCUGCUGCACGCCUGAUGAGACCGUGGUGAAGACACUCACUUCCAUCUGGCCCACGGCAACCACCCGCAAGCACAAGCGCCAGUGAACCAGUACCUCCUGCUGCACGCCUGAUGAGACUGUGGUAAAGACACUCACUUCCAUCUGGCCCACGGCAACCACCCGCAAGCACAAGCGCCAGUGAACCAGUACCUCCUGCUGCACGCCUGAUGAGACCGUGGUAAAGACACUCACUUCCAUCUGGCCCACGGCAACCACCCGCAAGCACAAGCGCCAGUGAACCAGUACCUCCUGCUGCACGCCUGAUGAGACCGUGGCGAAGACAGUCACUUCCAUCUGGCCCACGAUAACCAACCUCAAACACAAGCGCCAGUGAUGUCUACGGGUGUACAAGUGUUUUUCCUUUGUUCGCGGAAACUAAGCAUAAACACAAGCAUGCGAAAUCUUCGGUUGUACAAGGAGUACACUUAUAAAACCAACAGAAGUCAUGUAAAAUCUUGAUUUUUACGUGACAACUUCUAAUAAAUCAAUUAACGCCGGCUGCACGCACGAAAAAGUGUCACGUAACGCACAUUGUCCCACUAUGAUGUGUCCCGUUACGCUCAUUGUACGCUUGUGCCGCAUCUCUCUUCCAUUCGAUUGAAAACAACCAUAGAUUUGACUUUUCAAUCAUGUUUUCGUCUUUUGAAUUAUUAAUAUUAUAUAAUUUAACGAUCGUCCACCGAUUUUCAGUACAAUCAAGACGGUUAUUUAAAAGUAAUGUUGAAUUUUCAAAUACGUUUUUGUACGAACAAUAGUGUUUUACAGUUACACAUAAUAAUUCAUAUUACACCCGAGAUCUUUUGCACAAUGUUUUAAAAAAUAUUGUAAUAUUAUAAAUAAGUUUGGUGUAUUUGGGAUGCGUAUUUGUUAAAAAAAUCGUAUUAUAUAAACGAAAUAAUAAUAUUCCCCUAUGGUGCUGCGAUCUACGGUGACGGCCGCGUACUGAAGAAAUCACGCUAUCUAUCCCCUUAUGUGUUAACCAGGCACUCGUUAAUACAUAUUUUUCUUUGUUUAUCGCGAGGAGCGUUAUUAUUAAUGAAUUAUAAAUAAAAUUUCGAGCCCGGGGCCGCAAUUGCAUAUCAUUUUGAGCACUGGAAGACAUAAAAAUGUAAAAUAUUCUCGAUGAAUUUUAAUCUGUGGUUCUCAUUGCUUAUUACAACAAUUUCGGCAAUAAAGGUUAAUUAUUAUUGCAUUUUAAAAAUCUGAUUACUAGUAUAAUUUCAAGUAUUUAUUCUUUUAUUAUUAAAAAAAGUAGUAUCUGUCGGCGAGUGCAGUAAUAAUAGGUUAUAUUACAAUUGACUAAAGAAUUAUGGUGAUUCAUAUAAUUGAUGAUAAUAUUUGAUUAUAGUUUAUUUAUAUGAAAACUUGUUCAUAAUUAUAUUUAAACUUUAUAGAUAAACGCCACUUAAAAAUUAAUUACAAGUCAUCUACACGUGAACUGUUUCGUCCACUGUUUAUAAAGUGAAAUGAAAAGUUAAUGUGGUUUUCAUUGCUUAUUACAACAACAAUUUCGGCAAUAAAGGUUAAUUA